AUGGUUCAGAAGUUUCCAGAUAUGGUGCGCCUUGCAACACUUCGCUCCGCCUGGCCACGCCUUGCAACGCCUUCUCACGCCUUCCCAGCACUAAACGUGCAACUCGCGAAACAACUGACCGCCUCGGGCGUUUUCCUCCCGCCUCGCUCCGACGCGCGCGAAGGCAUGCCUUUGAAAACACUGGGAAUGGAGGAGACGGAUUAA